GGUGAACAUACAUAAAAGAAGAGUAUGGUGAAUUUUAUAAAUUUUGCAUGAAGUCAACCUUUAUAAACAUUAAAUAUAUUUAAAAAUGUCAUGCAACUACGCUGAGGGUCUAUCAGAUUAUGAUGACAAAGGUGUACUAGGCUUACCAGAGAUAUUUGAUAAUACUGAAGACUUAAAUAAAAAAGUUGAUACGUUGGUUUCAUGGAUCUCUCAAGCAAAAUGUGUUGUGGUACAUACUGGUGCAGGAAUAAGCACAGCUGCUGGUGUUCCUGAUUUUAGGGGACCAAAUGGAGUCUGGACUUUAGAAAAACUAGGAAAAAAACCUUCAUUCAAUAAGAGCUUUGAUGAUACUGAACCAACCAUUACACAUAUGGCUUUAAAAAAAUUAGUUGAUGAGGAUAAAGUCACCUUCAUUGUGAGUCAAAAUAUUGAUGGUUUACAUAUAAAAUCUGGGGUGCCACGAAACAAACUAGGCGAAUUGCAUGGAAAUAUGUACAUAGAGCAAUGUAACAAAUGCCACAGGCAAUUUAUAAGAAAUACUGCUACAUCCAGUGUUGGCAAGAAGUAUCUUGGAUAUUCAUGUAAAUCUUCUCAUAUUAGUAAACCUUGUCGUGGACACAUGUUUGAUACUAUUUUAGAUUGGGAGCAUGAUUUACCUGAGAAGGAUUUGGAUAUUUCUAGUAUGUAUUCAAGCAUAGCAGAUUUAAACAUUUGCUUGGGAACAACAUUACAAAUUAUUCCUAGCGGUAAUUUACCAAUGAACAACAAAAAACGAGGAGGAAAAUUGGUUAUCUGCAACCUGCAACCCACCAAAAAGGAUAAACAUGCUGAUUUGCUUAUACAUGCUUAUGUAGAUGAUAUCUUCAAAAAAUUAAUGGAUAGUUUAAAUUUGGAAAUUCCAAGUUAUAAUUUUGCUCAAGAUCCAACUAAAUCAAAAUCUCUAAUAGAAUAUACACUUACUGCACAAGAUGUAAAAGCUGUAAGGCAUUUGUAUAGAUUGAAACUGAAAGAGCAGAAAAAAGUUGCAAAAAGAAAAUUUGAUAAACUGACGUAA